UAUUUUUUUUUUUUUUGGAAUUUUAAAACAAGGUACAGUGGAUCCCAGAGUCUUGCUUAGGAGGUGGGCAGUCUUCAGUGUGACCUUACCUUUACCUCUUUCCUCUCACCUGACAGUACCCAAGAAUUUCCCACAGGAACUCAGGAAAUACACAAUACAAGGCUUCCGUGUCAUUGCUUUUGCCCAUAAAGGCUUGAAGAUGAAGAAGAUUUCAGAAGUGGAGAAUUUAGCCAGAGAGAAGGUGGAGUCAGACUUGACAUUUCUGGGACUUCUCAUAAUGGAGAAUCGCUUGAAAAAAGAAAGCAAGCCAGUCUUGAAGGAACUGCAUGAAGCCUGCAUCAGGACCGUGAUGAUUACUGGUGACAACCUUCAAACAGCGAUUACUGUGGCAAAGAAUUCUGAAAUGAUUCCUGGAGGAAGCCAAGUGAUCCUUGUUGAAGCCAAUGAACCAGAAGAUUUUGUUCCUGCCUCUGUGACUUGGCAGCUGGUUGAGAACCAGGAGAAUGGACCAGAGAAGAAUGAAACCUGCGUUAACAUUGGGAACAGUUCGGUGCCUGAUGGAGCAAGAGGGAGCUGUUACCAUUUUGCAAUGAGUGGAAAAUCCUACCAAGUGAUAUUUCAGCAUUUCAACAGCUUGCUUCCAAAAAUCCUGGUGAAUGGAACCAUUUUUGCAAGAAUGUCUCCUGGGCAGAAAUCUAGUCUUAUUGAAGAAUUUCAGAAAUUAAAUUACUACAUGGGCAUGUGCGGAGAUGGAGCUAAUGACUGUGGGGCUUUGAAAAUGGCUCAUGCGGGCAUUUCGCUGUCAGAGCAGGAGGCAUCUGUGGCUUCCCCUUUCACCUCGAAAAUAGCCAACAUCGCGUGUGUGCCUCAUCUCAUCAGAGAAGGCCGAGCUGCUCUGGUUUCAUCCUUUGGGGUAUUUAAAUACUUGACCAUGUACGGCAUAAUCCAACUUAUUGGUACAUCACUGCUCUAUUGGCAGCUACAGCUCUUUGGGAAUUACCAGUAUCUCAUGCAAGACGUAGCCAUUACCUUGAUGGUCUGUUUAACAAUGAGUUCAACUCAUGCCUACCCCAAACUGGCUCCUUACCGACUGGCCGGACAGCUCCUCUCUCCCCCUCUGCUGCUCUCAGUCUUUUUGAACACCUGUUUCACCUGCAUUGUGCAAAUCUGUGCAUUUCUCUAUGUGAAGAAGCAGCCCUGGUAUUGUGAGGUCUACAGAUACAGUGAGUGCUUUCUGGACAACCAAAGUAAUUUCUCAAUGAAUAUGAGUUUGGAGAGAAAUGGGACUGAAAAUACAACGCUGAUUCCUGGUUCAGUUUUAAGUUUUGAGAGUACCACACUGUGGCCCCUCACCACCAUCAACUGUAUCACAGCAGCGUUUAUCUUCUCUAAGGGAAAGCCAUUUCGAAAACCCAUCUACACAAACUAUAUAUUCUCAUUUCUGCUGAUAUCUGCCUUGGGCCUCACAGUUUUCAUUCUGUUUUCUGACUUUCAAGAUAUAUAUCGUGGAAUGGAGUUUAUCCCAACACUGAUAUCAUGGAGGGUUUCGAUUUUGGUGGCAGCCCUCACCCAAUUCUGUGUGGCCUUCCUCAUAGAGGAUUUCAUCCUUCAAAAUCGAAAGCUCUGGCUGUGGAUCAAAAAAGAAUUUGGAUUCUAUUCUAAAAGUCAAUAUAGGCACUGGCAAAAAACACUGGCAGAAGAUUCCACCUGGCCUCCCACAAACAGAACGGAUUAUUCAGGCGAUGGUGAAAAUGGAUUCUACAUCAACCGUGGCUAUGAAAGCCCUGAACAGAUUCCAAAAGCGAAACUCGAAUUGGAAGGCCAAACCACAGAACAGCAUUUUUGGACCAGGCUGUAAUCAGAAUUAUUGUCAUAUGGGGUUAACAGCAUCUCCUUGCUCCCAGAAACUAACAUAUUGUGGAGAGGUGAUGACAGUCUACCUCUACCUUUCUUUAUCCAUCAGAGAAUUCAAGGUGCAUUUCUCGAUGUAUUGAACCUUGCAAAAAAGAACCUUAAAUAUGCUUAUUUUGACUGUAUCCUCCACUACUGAGGAAAAACAUGAACUUCCUCGAUUGUCUUUUUUUUUUUUCCUUAAUAUUGCAUACCAUUAUCCUGGCUGAAAUGCCCAAGCUUUUAUGGUAGUGAAAUUAGUGGUAUGAACAUCAGUAGAAGGAAAAUUCAAGAAGAGUUUGGUCUUUGAAAGUUUCACCAAUAUAUCUUUAUUUUCACAGACAAAUAAAAGAAUGUGGGGGGAAAAAGUCUUUCUGUCAAUAAAUUAUCACAGGUUUACUGAACCUUAUAUUCACUUGCGAAGACCAUUUAUGUACUUAUCUUUGCCCAAGGUCACAAAAUUCCUCUUUUUGCUUCUUUUGUAUGGCUUUUAUAAAGAAAGAAGAACUGAGAUUUCCUUCAGAAAAAUUAACUCUGUAAUAAGUAGAAAAUGAUGGAGGUGCCUGUUAACUGCCUGUAAUCUUGGCUUGGGCACAGCUUAUAUCUAAGCCAACUCCACUGAUGUUGGCAUCACCCAAAGUAUAUUGUUUUGGGAGCAGUGAGCCUGAAAGUCCGUGGUAGAUCACAAAGAUAAUGGGACAAAUGUUAAACUAUACUUUUCACUUAAAGAAGCAUGACAGUUUUAUUUAUUUUUUGCUAUGGACAGAUGAAACCCUCAGGUUCUAAGUCAAAAAGUUGGUUCAAACUCAGCAUUGCUCAUCUUAAAACACAACCCUGGAGUAGGGACUCCUAAUGUUUGUGUCUACAGCAUGACAAGCAUCAGGCUGCUGAACGACCUCAAGUCCAUUUCAUCUUUUCAUUAUUUUACUCAAUCAUUAUGUGCGCACUAAUGGCCACAAGAAAAGGUAUAUCCUCUGUAAAUAUAUUCUGUACGCUAUUACCUUUAAUAUAUAUCUACCUCUCGGUGACCUUGAGAGGACAUACAUCUUUAGUGAAUCUUUUAAAUUAGCUAGUAGGCUUUCCUUGUGACCAUAAAUUGAGUUUUGCUAAUUUAACAUAUCUUUAAUGGCUCAUAGGCAAUUAGCUAACCAGUUCUAUCCCACGAGCUCCAGUUAUGUGCCUAACAGUGAUAGAUGCAUUCAAUAAUACCUUUAUAAUUCUGUAAUCCUUAGAGCUGAAAAAAUGUUUUUAACAUUUCAGCAAUGCAUUGCUGUAUAUAGUACUAUAUACUUUGUUAUACACACCAGCAGCAUAAAUGCAAAUUCCUAUAAAAACAAACCCUUUUUAUUUACAUUUUAUUUGCUUUUUAACCUUUUCUUGGGUGGAUGGCUUUAGAGAGGGAUUAUUUUAAAAUGUGUCUAAUUUAGUGACUACCAAUGAAAGAUGAAAAGACAAAGCAGAAUUCUAGAUUAAGAAAUGUAUGCCAACCUAAAAUAUAUGGCAGCUCAGAUUUCUUGAACUGGCGUUAUUUGUAUUUAGUAAUUUGACCUUCAGAAUCAGAAGAUUCAAUUGACACACUAUGACAUUUAGAUAACAUAAAAAGAUUAAAAAAAUCUUUAUUCAAUAAAUGUACAGCCUCCCUUGCCCAGUUUUUCCAACACCCUAUUAGUUAUCUGAUAGAUGAUGAUAUUUAUUUCAUAGAUCUUUUUGUGUGUGUGUGUGGGGAGGGCACAUAAUAAAGUUGAACCCUAUGCUUGACUUUGCUGAAAGUACUCUCAGAGAAGGGCUUAAUAGUCUUGGAAGAAAUGUUUGAUAAAAGCACAAUGAGCAUGACCCUGGGCAGUCUUAAGCUGCCCAUCAUGAAGAAUGGACAUUUUUAUGGGAAAACUGAUGACUACCUUUGUGAGCUUUCCUCUCAGGGUGAACACCACUGGAGCCUGAACACAACCUAUGUGGAAAAGAUAUCAUCGAAUUCAAUUUAGAAGUGCAUUUGUGACCCAGCACAGCUAGGACUGCCUUGUGGAGUGGAGGGGUCUAGAAUUCACUAGUAAGGUUUGACCUGAAGAUCCUCAGGAGGCCCUUUCUGUCUCCACUUCCGUUCCCUCUCCCAUCGGCUGGUGUGGUAAUCCCACCACACCCGAGUCUCCUGCUUUGGGUAAAAUUUGCCCUCUGCAGUCAUACUUUAUUAAAAGGUAAGCACACCCUG